AUGGAAUCCCUGCCCAAGGAGUUAUCACUUGUUGAAAUAAGAAAGUUCAUGAUACAGAAUAACUGCAAAGUGACCAACCAUGCGCUGGUGAAGCAUUUCCGUAGCUUUUUGACGAACAAAGAUACACAAGAUGAAGCCAGAAAGCUGUUCAAAAUAUACGUCAACGAGCUUGCCUCAAUCAAGCACGAAGGCAACGAGAAAUAUCUCGUUCUUCGUCGCAAGUUCUACGAUGGAAUACCCUUGGAAGAACCUGAACCUGUCGUUUCAUCACAACCCAUGAGUCCGGCUUCGCGCCCUUAUGCCUUUAUGCAGCCUGAUGGUGAAACAUCGCCAAUGCGUCAACCUCCACCAUACAGACCUCCUCCGGUGGUGUCACCGGAUGCGAUUUCCUAUCACAGUAGCCCGCGCGGAAGUGUUGCCUUGAAUCGUCGAAACAGUUCCGAUAUCGUUCGCAGUGGUUCAGAAAUAAGUUUCGGUGGUGAAUUUGCGAUAAUGGACACACGGAAAGUGAAUCCGUUGCUUUCGCGAAGUAACAGCAACGACACGCGCCAAGUGGCCGAUACCGUUCGCAAGCUAAGUGUCGAUGCGUUCUCGUGCGAUGAUGGAAUUCCUCCUGCCAUUCCGCCGAGAAAGCGAGUUAGUGAAUCUGGAGGUAGCAUUUUAUCAAGUUCACGUCAAAAUUCUAUCGAAGAGUCGCCUGCUUUGGUCAGCGAUCAUACGAACGAUAAUAAGGAAAAUAUGGCGACAACGGAGGCCAACGAGACGGGGCCGAUCAUUUCAGAAGAAAACAAAUUAAGUGUUAAAGAAAAAAUGUUAAAAUUCAACCGGUUCGCAUCAGAAGAAGAAGCCAAAAUACCAUCACCUAUUGGAAAAAAGAAGCCUGAUAAGAGCGCCGAAGAAACGAUCAACGCCGAAAAUUUGCUUCAGCAUCCAAAUGCCAAGGAAUGGUUAAUAGCAGCCGCAAAAUGCGACUAUCAACUGCUGGCGAAGCUGUCUACCGAGCAUCCCAAACUGGUGACAUUGCAGGAUGCAUACACGUAUACGGCACUGCAUUGGGCAGCAAAGCACGGAAACGAGGACGUAGUAAAACUGGUGGCCGGUAAAUUGAAAGCAGAUGUCAACGCGCGAACGAACGGGGGCUACACGGCGCUGCACAUUGCCACACAGUUCGGGCGGAAUGACAUUUUUGAACUUUUAUGCAACGUUUACAAAGCCGAUCGUGACCUGCUCGAUUGGAGCGGCAAAAAGGCGCUGGAAUACCAGAAGCAGAUGACGAGCGUAUCCGCCUCGACGUACAGCAAAAUCAAGGCACGGAAAAAGCACUCAGAAAAAGACUCCGGCUUCCUGAGGAUUGGCUCGCUGAACGUGCGGGUGAAGAAAACCACCGAAGCCUUCAGCAACUUUUUGGGAGUCGGCACCAACCAGACGCGCUUGCCCCCAACCGUGAUUAGAAACAGCGCUCCACCCGAUGCGGCGACGCUUUUCAUCGACAAACUGCACAAAUCCUGGGGCUCGGCAGACAACAUUCAGCCAGAGGAUUCGGCCAUGCCACCACCAAAGUUUGGUGCGGUGAAGAAACGACGUCAAAAGCGUGACAUCGAGUUCGAUCCUAACAGCGAUCACUUCAGCCAGAGCGUACCAACGACACCGAGUCAGGUGCGAGCACCGGUGGGACCGUUGUCGGAAAAUCCUGAUGGUGAAUCGAUGGGUGAUUCCGAUUCCGACACGGCUUGCGGGUUCGAUUCCAACUGGCGACCGACGUACAUUUAAGCGCUUCGAUGCACUUCCCGCUCACGCGUACAUUAACGAUGAAAUGUAUGCGUGCGUGCGUGUGAAGGGUGAAUUUUUCAUCUGCACUACGCUCUGCUUACAGAUAGCUUUUUUUGUAUGUG